AUGCAACUGGAAGAGUUCCCUGCAAAUCGGAUCCCGCUGUAUGCGAUCCUCUCGCACACCUGGGGAUUACAGGAAGUCUCGCGAGAGGACAUCCAGCAUCACACUGCCACGGCCAGGGGAAAAACAUCCUGGCAGAAGAUCCAGUUCGCCUGCCAACAAUCCCUGAAGGACGGAUUGGAAUACAUCUGGAUCGAUACCUGCUGCAUUGAUAAAAGCAGCAGUGCCGAACUGUCGGAAGCCCUGAACUCGAUGUUCUCAUGGUACAAGAAGGCCCAGGUCUGCUAUACAUAUCUGGUUGAUGUGCCGACGGGCUGUGAUCCUCAUAAACCGGGUUCUACCUUUGACGGUGCCAGAUGGUUCCAGCGUGGAUGGACACUGCAGGAACUCGUCGCUCCCUCGGAGAUGGUCUUUUUCUCCCGGGAUUGGGUGCAGAUUGGAACGAAGAAUUCGCUCUGUGGCGUCCUGGCCCAAAUAACCCUCAUCGACGAGGAUAUCCUGAUGCAUCGGAGACCGUUAGGGUCUGCCAGCAUCGCACGACGCAUGUCGUGGGCCGCCCACCGUGAAACAACCAGGCCGGAAGACAUCGCCUAUUGUCUCAUGGGUAUCUUCUCAGUGAACAUGCCCAUGCUGUAUGGAGAAGGUGAAAAGGCAUUUCGGAGACUACAAGAGGAGAUCAUGAAGCAAUCCGAUGACCAGUCGAUCUUUGCAUGGGUUGACCGUGAGGCAUCUCCGACCUCCCUUCACGGACUCCUGGCUACCUCCCCUUCCCAGUUCGCAGGCUGCAAUGAUAUCCUCCCGUACCAGGACUGGGAACCUCGUGAGCCAUACACCAUGACAAAUCGAGGUCUCCAGAUUGGACUACCUCUCAUCCAUCAUGACAAGGACAUCUACAUCGCCGUGCUGGACUGUCCCAGUCCACACUCCCACGCAUAUUCCAGCUUCCUGGGUAUUUUCCUCCAGCGCCUCUCAAAAGCAGACCAGUACGCCCGAACCAAAGUAGGAAUGCUCGCGGAGGUAGAUGACCGCGGGCAGACGCAGACAAUCUACGUCCGGCAGAACAUCCUCCUGCCGGAGGUAGAAGGGGUCUUCCCAAACCACAUCCUUCAGAUUGUAAACGCCCCUUCUUCUCUUCUCUACAAGAUGGUAAAAGCAUUCCCGGUCCCAGAUGCAGCACAGUUUCAGCCGAUACUCUCUUCUCGCUCCACAGCGUAUCCGACCACAAUGUCCCAGACAUUCCGACUGCGCAAGGGACCGCGCGAUCUCUGCGCCUUCACUAGUUUCGAGCGAACGUCGGACGGCAAAGGCAUCCUGGUUCUCCUGGGAACAUGCAAGGGGAACGAUGUCGGCUUUGAUGCCCUCGAGACGCAGCGUCCGCGGGACUUCAGCAGCGAAGACUUCACAAGUGUGAGCAGGCAUUUCCAGCCGAAGAUCCCCGGAACAUGGAUUGAAUUGGAAAAUAAUUUCGUCUGUGUCAAGGUUGAGCCCCGGAUUAACCCUUUGACGAAGCAGAUCGGGGUUGCCUCUUCCUAUGCCGCUGCUAAAUAUUACAUGGUUGAGAUUGAAAUCCAGCCUGUCCAGAAAUCGAACAACCCUAUUCAGAUUUUGGCUGAUGCGGUGGAGGCGAGUAUCUCAAGGCAGGGGCGCUCGAUAAAUCCACAAAGGAGUGAUGAUAUCCAGAAGGUUGGGAGUCAGAGCAAGAUCUCUCAAAAGAGUCGGAAAUCUGGAUGGAGGCAGAUUCUGAAGCAGGAUUCUUAA